UUCUUGUCACAAAUUAAGCAAAUUUCUUAAAAUGCCAAUCAUUAUAAAAGACAUCGAGUGGUCCCAGACCGAAAAUACUGUGACAAUAAAAGUCCCUUUAAGAGGAAUUCACCACUCUAAAGUGGACAUUUUUUACUCAAAACUGUACAUCAAAGCAUCUUUUGAACAAUACUUUUUCGAAGUAUUUCUCUACAAAGCAAUUGAUCCCAAAACGAGCACCUGUACGUUUACUUCAACCCACAUUUUAUUCGAACUAAUAAAAUGCGAAACCAUCACUUGGGAACACCUCGAAUUGGACAUACCAAAAGCAGAAAAACAAGAACUUAAAAAAUCCUACAUUGAAGAAGAACACAAACGAAUCCAAGACGAACAUUCCGAACGUUUGAACAAAAAGAGCGAGUUAAAGAGACUCGCAGUUCGUGAACAAAUCGCCCUGGAUGCAAACCUGCGAGAAAAAAUCGAAAACAUCAAGAAGGACGAAAAAGAAAAUGCGCUAAAGUGUAUGGAAAUUACACCACAAACAAAUAGGACAAAAAUUAAAAACAGUCAGAGGAAAAAUGCACCACUCCCUCCACCCAGAUCAAGCCAAACAAUCACAGUUUCGUUCACCCCAAGAGAAUUCCCCACUCCUUGCAGAGAAUCAAGAUUGGAGGAAGAAAACGCAUGGCUUAGGAAACAAGCAGAAGCAAGAAGAUCAGUCGGAUUCAUCAGCGAAGAUCUCCGGCCCGAAGAACACAAUCCGCAGUUUUUGAAAAGUAAAGGUGACGAAUUUCUUAGAAGUCGAAACUAUUUAGGGGCUGUGAGUGCCUACAGUUUCGGAAUUAAACUAAACGAUAAGUUUGCCGACCUUUAUGUUGGUAGAGCCGAAGCGCAUUUUGCUCUAGGGAAUUACAAUAAGGCCAUAACGGAUUGUAGCACAGCUUUAGAACUGAUGAAACCAGAAGUGCCCUUAAAUCUGCGAGAGAGAGCCCUGUGUAUUGGUACACGAGGCGUAGCCUUAGUUAAAUUAGGAUUAAUCAAAGAGGGAAUCGGUGAAUUGAAAGCCAGUCUAACUCUUGUCCCCAACGAAAAUUUCAGUUUACAACUAGAGGAAGCUUUGGAUAGUUUAAAUAACACAGAUUAACAGUUUUUAAUUACUUUACAAGACAUGUACAAAUUAACUCUCUAUUUUACUUUUCUUUAAACCUAGAGACCUAAGUAGAGCAUUCGGUGACGGAUCUCGUCCCCUAAACUUCCUAAAAACUUUACUAGGAUGGCAACUACCCCCCAGAGACAAAAACGUCUCCCUGUAUCUCUUUCCAACUUCUCUAAUUUUUUGGUCAUCUCCUUGAACUUCAUGAAACGCGCUAUACACAUCAGCGGCGAUCAUCCUCGACCAAACGUGCGAAUAAUAAGCCGCAGCCCACUCUUCCGUGAAAAUCUGGGUGAAGGAACAUGGGUGCGAAUCGACUUUAUCAAGCGGGAAGCAUCGGAAUUGGGGCCACAGUUUCUUGACUAUUUCCAACCAAUAUUCCGUCGAGUGGUGCAAUUCUAGAUCUAGGGCUGCCAAGUACAACUCCCUGGAUAAGUCAAUCCCGGCUAAAUGCUUGUGAG